GCUAUUGCACAUUAGUUGCACUGGUCAUAGCUGUAUGUAUCGUCUUCUGAUGUCUUUUGUGGAGCUAUCGAUCCCUUUUUUCCUGGUUUUUGUUCUGUGGAAAGUUCUCAUUCCUUUCGUUCAAUUACUAUUCUGCUAUUUACUCGGGCGAACGUUGUUCUCCAAGCGUGGCUACCUAAGACUAGCUGGCGAUUGGGCAGUCGUUACUGGCUCAACAGACGGAAUCGGGAAAGCUUAUGCUCAUGAACUGGCCAAGGAUGGUCUGAAUAUUGUUCUUAUUAGCAGGAAUUCUGAGAAACUAGAACUUGUCGCUGGAGAGAUUGAGAGCACAUACCGAGUCAAAACGAAAACUAUCGCAUGUGAUUUCACUCAACCUGACAUUUACGAAAUGCUAGGACGAGAACUCGGUUCCUUAUCUUCUAUUGCCUGCCUUGUGAACAAUGUUGGAUUCUCCUACCCGUACCUGGACGCUUACGUCGACGCGAAAUUCAUAGACCUGCAGUUUAUUCGCAGUAUGAUCAAUUGUAACAUGAACUCCGUGGCAAGCCUGACCAAAAUUGUACUGCAAAAAAUGGUCUGCCAAAAAUCAAAAAACGCGGCUAUCAUCAAUGUCAGUUCAUUUUCUGGCGUUCUUCCCUUUCCUUAUCUCUCACUCUAUAGCGCUUCGAAGGCGUUUGUUUACCAUUUCUCCAAAGCUUUAGCUUAUGAAGUUGAACGGAAUGGAAUAUUGGUCCAGUCCGUUUGUCCCAUGUUGGUUGCUACUGCCAUGUCGGGUGUUAAACGCACCAGUUUCUUCGUGCCUAGUCCACAACGUUGCGCAUCCGAUGCUUUGAGUUUGCUAGGUGUUCAGCAGAUGACCCACGGUUGUAUAGGUCACGCCAUACAGGCUUACUUACUUUCUAUCUACCCGAAGGUGUUUUGUAAGGUUGCAUAUUAUGGCUAUCUGAAAAGCAUGCGUCGAAAGAAAAAGCUCGGCUAUUGAUUUUGCCUUAAGGCUUCGCAAUUGGCCUUCAUCUUCACCUGUUCACUGUGUACGGCUUUCCGUCUUCCACUUUGAUUCAUUCCUACCUAAUUGGUUAUACCUGCUGCCUUUUCCAUUUUUCUCCCAUUUCGUUUUUCAUCCCACGGUUCCGGAGCACGUAAUUGACUGAAUUUGCGCUUGUUAUGCGUCACUGCCUUGCCGUUUCAUUCUUGCUUACAGCGGAACAACUUUUCUUCCAUCGUCAAAUAAACUAAUGUCCUGCAUAUUCUGCUGCUUAAAUCCUUGGGUUAGCAUUCUCGAUGAUGUAUCUUGUGCCAUCUAUGGCCGUAUGGUCCGUUAUUUCUUUGUUUCGAAUCGUUUUACGUCCUUCCUACGCGGUUCACACCACAAUCCUUCAAAUAUGCG